UUGACAGUAUUUUGUGUCGUGCCUGAGAGGACUGUGAAGUCUUGCAGCCGCUCAGACUUGAGGAGUGACAACUUACGAUGGUGGGUGCUCUCUAUCUGUUUGCUCUCCGCUCUUUCCGGUUGUGUGGACGGGGGCGACAGCAGCUGGACUGAGCUCACAGCCACAGUUUCAAUUCCCUCGCUAGGACGACACCGACCACCAACUCCUGCGAGGGUGGCUUGGACAUUGAAGGACAUUUUAACGUUACUAGAGCUACUUUGGCCUUUUCUGUCGAUUGAGGAUAUCCAGCGCGUGGUUCUCCGGAGCAAUGACGUUGUGGACAGAUUUUGUCAACACGGGCAAAAACGGCGGUUGAUAGCACUGUGAAACACUCCCGAGCUGAUGAUGUUUGUCUUCGUCUCAUCUUUCCAUGUCGUACCCGCAGCCCUUCCUCUGCUGAAUGGCCACACGAACGGCCACGUAAAGGAAACCCUUUGCUGACUUUCAAUUUGUUUAUCUAAAUUAUGGCAUCGUUUGCUGAAAGAAAACCGUGUUACUGGUGAAAGUAGUGACCCCAAAACACGGAGAACGGCCAGUGAACUUUGAUUUGCUGAGUGCUGGAUUGUGGCUGAGCCAGAGGUGCAACACCGAUGUGCAUCAGGUCCAGGAACCAUCAAUGUGGACUUCAGCUGGUGAUUUGAUAAGUUACAUAUAGAACCCCCCCCCCACCCCCCCAAGUAUCUUGUGUCCCCUCUCCCCCUCCUCUUCCCCUCCCCCUCCCCCCUUUCCUUGUCAAUCUUCUCCCUAUCCUCCAAGAUUCACCAUGCUUAUCAAGGAGUACCGCAUCCCCAUGCCAAUGAGUGUGGAGGAGUACCGCAUUGCCCAGCUCUAUAUGAUCCAGAAAAAGAGCAGAGAAGAGAGCUGUGGUGAAGGUAGUGGGGUGGAGAUUCUAGAGAAUAAGCCCUACACAGAUGGACCGGGUGGGACGGGCCAGUACACCCACAAGGUUUACCAUAUUGGCAUGCACAUUCCCAGCUGGUUCCGCUCCAUCCUGCCCAAAGCCGCACUGAGGGUUGAAGAGGAGUCCUGGAACGCCUACCCUUACACCCGCACCAGAUACACCUGCCCCUUUGUUGAGAAGUUCUCCAUUGACAUUGAGACCUACUAUAAAUCUGACACAGGCAAUCAAGCAGAUGUCUUCAACAUGUCUGCAACAGAGAAGAGGCAGAGGACUAUUGACCCAAUCGACAUUGUGACAGAUCCCAUCCCUCCGCAUGAGUACAAAGCAGAGGAGGACACACGGCUCUACAAGUCAGCCAAGACCCAGAGGGGUCCUCUGCAGGACGACUGGAUAGAAGAGUACAAAAAUAACCCAGGGAAGACCCCCAUCAUGUGUGCCUACAAACUCUGCAAGGUGGAGUUUCGAUACUGGGGCAUGCAGUCUAAGAUUGAACGCUUCAUCCAUGAUGUUGGACUGAGAAAGGUGAUGGUGCGUGCCCACCGGCAGGCCUGGUGCUGGCAGGAUGAAUGGUACGGUCUGACCAUGGAGGACAUCCGGCAGCUGGAACUGGAAACCCAGCUGGCCCUGGCCACGAAGAUGGCCCAGUUCAGUCAGGCGGAGGAGGCCACCGAAGCCAACGGAGGUGCUCCGUCUCCGGACAAACACCAGGAGGUUAAAGAAGCGAUCAGCUCCAUUGAAGCUGAGGAGGUGGUUGUUCGCUCAGGAGGAGAGACUCUCCAGCCACGAGGUGUACUCACCAAGCAGUGGUCCACUUCGUCCCGAUCCUCCCACUCAUCCAAGAGAGGAGUGAGCCCAUCACGUCACAGCAUCUCAGAGUGGAGGAUGCAGAGCAUAGCGCGAGACUCCGAAGACAGCUCAGACGAGGAGUUCUUCGACGCUCAUGAGGAUUUCUCAGACGGCGAGGAGACCUCCCAAAAGGAAAUUUCCAAGUGGAACUCCAACGACCUCAUAGACAAGAUCGAAGCUGCAGACACAGAGGAAACUCCUGGUGAGCUGAUCAAGGAAAUGACAGUGGAUUAUGAGAGAGCAACCAGUGAGGAAAGACUAGAUGAGAUGCGUGGCUCUGUUAGCUGCCAAGUCGAUAGCUCUCCCAUUCCCACCAUCACGGUAACAAGGCACCAGUCAGAGAGCUCGUCCCAGCAGUGUCUGCAGCCCUCCAAGAUCCAUGUGCUGAUCUUGGUACUGCACGGAGGGAACAUCCUGGAUACAGGCGGAGGGGACCAGAACAGCAAGCAGGCUGACAUCAACACGAUUAGUACAGCUUUUGAAACAGUCAUGCGUGUUCACUACCCCACGGCGCUGGGACGCAUCGCCAUCCGCUUGGUACCCUGCCCUGCCAUCUGUGCCGAGGCCUUCUCCCUAGUUUCCAACCUGAGCCCAUACAGCUACGAUGAGGGUUGUCUGUCCAGCAGCCAGGACCACAUCCCUCUGGCAGCUCUCCCCCUCCUGGCCACCUCUGCUCCACAGUACCAGGAGGCCAUUGCCACUGUCGUCGUAAGAGCCAAUCAGGUGUACGCAGAGUUCAUAAAGUCUCUUAACGGGGCAGUCUUCUCUGGCCAGGUAUGCCUCAUUGGGGACUGCGUGGGAGGAAUCUUGGGAUUUGAUGCACUGUGCAGCAGCAAUCAGACAGUUAAUGAAAGCCAGGACAGCAGUCGCAGGGGCAGUGUCGUCAGUGUACAGGACCAGGACCUCCUUUCUCCUGGAAUCAUUGUCAACAGCGGGCACGGGUCAGCCUCUCCGACUCUGGAGGGCAGCCGCCACCUCAGUCGCAGUAACAUUGACAUUCCUCGUGCCAGUUCAGGUGACGACGCCAAGCGACAACUGCCACGCAAGAGAAGUGACUCCUCCACCUACGAGCUGGACACAAUAAAACAACACCAGGCCUUCCUCACCAGCUUACACUCUAGUGUUUUGAGAAACGACACAGUCUCGCGAAGGUCAAGCAGCAGCGCUAUGCUGGAUGGAGGCUCGCUGGGAAAGUUUGACUUUGAGGUCUCUGACUUUUUCCUGUUUGGCUCUCCACUGGGCUUGGUUCUCGCCUUGAGAAAGACUGUCAUUCCAAUGCUGGAUGUGGCCCAACUGCGGCCUGCCUGUCAGCAAGUCUACAACCUGUUCCACCCAGCCGAUCCCUCGGCCUCCCGCCUGGAGCCUCUAUUGGAGAGGAAGUUUCACCUCCUGCCUCCCUUUAACGUGCCCCGUUACCAACGCUUUCCCCUGGGAGAUGGGAACUCUGCCCUACUUGUGGAGACAAUCCAGAGCAACGCUCAGCUGCUACUUGACAGCGGGCCUCUGCUGUCCCUUCGCUGUCAGGAUACCAUCAAUGAGACCUGCAUCCCUGUGCCUGUGCUAAACUGGCCGGAGGGCUCCCUCAAAGCCACACCCGCCACUAUGGAGUCAGAUGUUGUUCAGUCUCAUGGUGGUGUCUUCAUGGACAGUUCGUACCCCUCAUCCCCCGUAGCGGGCCCCUUCUCCCGGGGCCAGCGGAGGGCCAGUGAAGUCAGCAUUGCCAGCCAGGUCUCAGGAAUGGCAGACAGUUACACUGCCUCCAACAUAGCCAACACCAAAUCAUGCCAAAUUAACCAAUUCAAAAAGUUCAGCCUUUUGUCCCAACUCGCCCUUUCAUCACAAAACAAAUUCUUCCUGAAAAGUCCUCCUAAGUCCCGUAAGAAAACAAAGGCUGGCAAGGACGCAGGAUGUCCUGAUGCAGAUCUUGUAGCAGAGCUGGACGGUGUGGCAGAGACUAGUGCCCGUCUAAGUCCCACUGGCCAGCACGAGAACUGCCUGUCACCUGGGCUGGAGUGCGCAAUAUCUGAGCUGGUCUCACUGGACUCCCAGGCUGAAGUGGACCAAGUUGCAGCACGUUGGUGGGGCACCAAGCGGCUGGAUUUUGCCCUGUACUGCCCCGAUGCUCUCACCGCUUUCCCCACAGUGGCUUUACCGCACCUCUUCCACGCAUCAUACUGGGAGUCCACUGAUGUUGUAUCAUUUCUCCUGAGACAGGUCAUGAGGCAUGAAAACUCUAGCAUCCUGGAGCUCGAUGGCAAAGAAGUGACUGAAUUCACUCCCUCUAAACCUCGAGAGAAGUGGCUCCGCAAGAGGACCCUUGUGAAGAUCAGGAACGUGACUGCCAACCACCGCAUUAAUGACGCGGUGUUCACAGAAGAUUCCCAGCAGGUCGUAACAGGUCGAUUUAUGUACGGCCCUCUGGACAUGGUCACCUUGGCCGGGGAGAAGGUUGAUCUCCACAUCAUGACCCAGCCCCCAUCAGGAGAAUGGGUGUACUUCAACACAGAAGUGACUAACAGUAGUGGUCGUGUGUCAUUUGCCAUCCCAGAGAAAAAACGUCUGGGCGUUGGAGUCUACCCAGUCAAAAUGGUUGUUAGGGGUGACCACACAUGUGCAGACAGCUACCUGACAGCUGUUCCACGUGGCACCGAGUUUGUUGUAUUCAGCAUUGACGGGUCAUUUGCUGCCAGUGUGUCAAUCAUGGGCAGUGAUCCCAAAGUGCGGGCAGGAGCAGUAGACGUAGUCAGGCACUGGCAAGAUUUAGGCUACAUGAUCAUCUAUGUGACAGGACGACCAGACAUGCAGAAGCAGCGGGUAGUGGCUUGGUUGUCUCAGCACAACUUCCCACAUGGCAUCGUCUCCUUCUGUGACGGCCUGGUCCACGACCCGCUCAGACACAAGGCCAACUUCCUCAAGUCCCUGACAGAGGUUAACAUGAAGAUUUUUGCUGGCUACGGAUCAACCAAGGACAUCUCAGUCUACACCUCCGUCGGCAUCCCUCCUUCCCAAAUAUACAUCGUCGGGAGACCCUCCAAGAAGAUGCAGUGCCAAUUCAUCACAGAGGGAUAUGCGGCUCAUUUGUCCCAGCUGGAGUACAGCCACCGUUCUCGGCCAGCUAAGUCCAGCAGUGCACGCAUGGUGCUACGUAAAAGCAGCUUCGGCUUGGGUGCAAACAGCGACUUCCUAAGGAAGAGGAACCACUUGCUGCGCACCAUCUCCUCCCAACCGGCCCCCAGCUCCCCAACAGGCAGCAUCCACAACAGGCCAGAACGCACACAGAGCCAAUCAGACGGCGAGAGGCUGGAGCGGGAUCGGCUGGAGUGCGCUCAAGGCCACAGCCAGGGAGCAGCACAGCGCAGCAUGAGCAUCACAGCCAGCUGCUGGGGCCGCAGCAGCACCAAGCUGGAACCAGGCGUUCUUAGCCCCAAAUAGGAACAGGAAGACUGGGUACCUUUGGUAGAGUGAUGAAAAGUAUACAUUGCUGAGGAAGAGACCCAUGACAAAGAUAAAUGCAAGAGUGAAAAACAGUUGGCUUGCACCAGAUGGGUAAAUACCACAAUGAAAACAAUAGGUGCUACAAACCACUCUUUAUAAACUAAUGCCAGUUACACUCUACUCAGAUAUUUAUGAACAGAAGCUACAGUUAUAUUUAUUAUACAACAGACACAAAACUCAACAGGCAUUUCAAGGAGCAUCAUCCUGAACCAGAAACGGGCACAGAAAUAAAAAAGGCAUAUAUUGUAGGGAUCCAGACUGUUUCUACUGUUUAGUAAAUGUUUAUUACUCUUGAUUACAAGGUCAGUUUUCCUCUAACAGCGGGCUUUUAGAUUGGAGAUGGUUACACAAACAAGCACCCCAUUGCUGUAUAUUUAAGUUAAUAACACAAAGCGGUUAGAGACAGCCUGCAUCAGGUCCCAGUUUGGAUGCUGUUCUGAUCCCGCACUGUAACUGACACUGACACCACAAGCACAGCAAUUACAAUAGUUUUAAUGCUAUGUCCUUUUUAUGUGAUAACCAGAUAUGUUCACGUCUGGGAGCACAGCGGAGAAUCAGGUAAAACUGGAUUGAAUGUGUUUCUUUUCUCAGUGUGACCAAACAAACACACAAUCAUUUAGACAAAAUGUAUUUUUUUCAGAUUUGUUUUUAGAAUAAAAGCUUAAUAAAUCAGAACAAAAGAACAACUACUUGUUCUGUAAGCCAACAUGAACGGAUGUUAUCACAAGCGAUGACUAAAUAAUGUUUUAACAAACCAUACAGUUCAGUUUAGCUUGUUUUCUAGUCGUCCAUCAGACCAAAGAGCCAUCCUAAUAUCACAUGAAUCAAACUGCGAAAUUACCCUUUAAUGAUGGUUGCAGCUCAUUUCCUGGGAUUUUCAUAGCAUUUUACCACAUCUCACCACACUGCGCUGCUGAACCUUCCCAAAUCAGUAAUGGUUGACUCGGCUAUAAGUAAACUCCUAUUACUAUACGUUUAAUGUGCCAAAGUAAACAGGAUAGAAUAAUAUACUGUACGUGAACAGAGAGGAAAUGAUUAAGGUCUCCUGUGAAAAAAUGGAAUAGAUUAUGUAAUUAUGUAGAUGAAUGGUUUAACAAGGUUUGUACAUAGUUGUUACGUGACAGUGCAGAUCUGGUAUCUGGUCCACUGAAGACCAGUGUUAAGUGUCUUCUUCACUCUGGGGGUAAACACCACCUCAUUCAGGAUACACUUUAAUGAUUGAUGAUGCUGAUUAUUAUUUAAGAUUAUAGAUAUUUUAAAAUAUAUUGAUUUUGUGAACAAAAUCUGUUUUUAUUAUUACUUUAACUAUGAUGUGGUUUUGUUUUUCUUCCUCAAACUUCAGUUGCAGCAGCCAAAACUCAAAGGGGUCUUUGCCUGGCACAGUAUUGUAUUUUUAUUAUGUUGUCUUGCAGAUCACCAGAAUUUAUCAACAGAACUGUUAUCUUGUGUCAUAUAUUGUAUGUUGAUUAUCUAUUUUGGAAUAUUUGGGAUAUGGCUUCUUUCUGCUUAUCCCUAAGCUGUACAUUAGGCGUUGAAUGUGCUCAUAGAUAAUCCUCUUUAGGUUAAGGUCUCUUUUCUCUGUUCUCUUGUUGCGCCUUUAGAGGAAGAACAAUUUGAAAAUUGUAAAUUCUGUACAAAAUGCUGUCAAAAGUAGGAACACAGAGCUAAGACUUAACGUUAUGCUGUUUGCCAUUUUUUCCUGACAAGGGUACCUCAUUUGUGAUUUAUUCAUUCAAAUGAUGUUUAUUUGUCCCUCUAAUAGGCAUUUAUAGAGCUGACUGCAAUGGACCAAUACGGGCUUAAAUGUAAGGGAAAUGUGCAAUAUUACUCAACUGCACCACAAGAUCAAACCGAUUGUGUUGAGGAACACCGCACAGUGCAUUGACAAUCAGUUCAACAGGCACCUAUUCUACAAAUUGCAGAGGGAUUCUGAACACAUCUUAGAACUCGACAAACGCACAUGGCACACGUGCAACAUUUGUAGAAUCCAUUUUGGAAAAAAGUUUCUCACAAGUGCCACUGACCUGACAACGGUGUAAAAUAAUACUGCAGGUUUUUUCUUGUGGACAGACAUGAUCUGUCUUAACUUUGUUUUUGAGGUUUAGAUGAAGUCACUUAACAUUUAAAAGUGACCCAGAAAUCAACACUGAGUUGCCAUUUGAUUAGGUACUCUUAGAGUAUGUAAAAAGGUACACUUACAGUACGUAAAAAAAAAAAAAUCCUUCAUUAAACAUUUUAAUGUGUUACCUGUUUUAGAGAGGAUCAAUUUAAUGGUCAUUUUAAAGGCUGUAGUUUGUGAAGCUGUUGAAUUGUAUUGUGUUAUACUGAGUGGUGUUUCUAAUAAUCUGGCCACCCCUUUUAUAUCAAUAAUACUAAUGCUAGAUUACUAAGUGUACAUCCCAAUGCUUAGGUACAUAUUACUUGCUUGACCAGGGCUGUUUCUAGCUAUCCUGGUGAAGAAAACUGUAAUUACAAACUGUUUUACAGUUCCGCUGCCUUUUGACCAUUUUUAAGAUUUGGCUUAAAGCCGUGUAUAAAACUCUUUUGAAAGCUGCUGAUUGAAGAAUGGCUGUUUGUACAUUAAUAGUAUUUGGA